UGUCUGGGCCGUGAGGAGGAGCAGCAGGAGGAAAGAAAAGGGAAGAGAGUCUGCCGAGAGCAGCCUGUGGACCCCUGAACCAAAGAGGAGAUGAUAAACAACAAAAACAACAACAACAACAAAAGAGAGUCUCUGCUUCAGUCUGGUUCCUGCAGCGUCCUCAUAUAAUAACACAUUCAUCCUCUGAGUCAGACGGACAGGACUCUGCUCGGCUCUUUAAAGUUGUGGGGAACUUCUUUGAUCUGCAGUCUGCACAGGAACCUUUUCUCUGCUGGAGGUGGAACCCGAACUGCGACAGAACCCUGAAACAAAGAGACACUUUCUGGAAGAGUCAUGGAGAUCCUGGACAGUACUGAACCGUUUCUACACUGGGACAGGAACCUGAGUGAGCUGUCUGAGGCCGGGGAGAUCGACUGUGUGCUCUACACUAAUCACUUCUCCGAGCUCCUCGACGACCUCUCCCAGGAUGCUUUGCUGGGCCAGCUGCUGAGUGACCCCUUCCUGUCUGGAGGGAGAGGCGGCGUGGAGAGCAUGGAGGGGGAGGACGGGGGAGACCUGUCCCCGUCGUCCCCUCUCCCCCCUCACAUCACAGCCGAGCACAGCUACUCGCUCUGCGGGGACAGCCGACCACAGUCACCGCUGUCACACCUGACCGGAGAACACGGCAGUGAAGCAGAGUCUGACGGGGACUCAACCGAGUGGCCGAUGGAGCAGGACGAGGCCAUGGACACCCUCCUGUGCGAGACCCCCUCCCUCCUCCCCACCCUCUCCCUCUCUCUGACCACAGCAGGACCUCCAGCGCCCGAGGACCCGGCUCCUGCUCCGGCUCCGGCUCCUGCUCCUGCUCCUGUUCCUGUUGCUGCUCCUGCUCCUCCUGCCGUCACCCCGACUCAGCCCCCAGCGAACAGCAGCAACCAGAGCAAAGGGAUCAAGAUUAAGGAAGAGAAUAUCAUCCCCCAGAUUAAACUGGAACCUCAUGAAGUGGAUCAGUUUCUCAAUCUUUCCCCCAAAGGUCUGGAGUCCCUGCAGAUGCCUCCCACUCCUCCCAGCUCCCACGGCAGCGACUCAGAGGGCAGCCAGAGCCCCGUUCACGCCCCGCCCGGCCUCUCCUGCCCCACCUCCCCCACCAGCCCUGCUCCGUCCCAGUCCAGCCUGAAGGUGUCGCCUCGAGCUGCUUCAUGUCUCUCCAACUCUCCCCUGCUCACCGCUCCUCACAAGCUGCAGGGGUCGGGCCCGUUGAUGCUGACCGAAGAGGAGCGCCGCACGCUGGUGGCCGAAGGUUACCCCGUCCCCACCAAACUGCCGCUCACCAAAGCCGAGGAGAAGGCGCUGAAGAAGAUCCGCAGGAAGAUCAAAAACAAGAUUUCAGCUCAGGAGAGUCGCAGGAAGAAGAAAGAGUACAUGGACACUCUGGAGAAGAAGGUGGAGACCUGCUCCAACGAAAACCACGAGCUGCGCAGGAAAAUGGAAAACCUGGAGGGCACUAACAAGUCUCUUCUGCAGCAGCUGCAGUCUCUGCAGGCGAUGGUGGCCAGCAAACUCCCCAAAUCCUGCAGGGUGGCUGGUACCCAGACCUCCUCAUGCCUAAUGGUGGUCGUGUUGUGUUUUGCUCUGUUUUUGGGUAAUUUCUACCCCAGCAGUUUGACCCCGGGCUCCACCGUCACUGAAACCGGCUUCAGCCCCCAACAGCUGGGAGUCAAAGAGUCGUACACAGCCACAGUCAAGUCGAGGAGUCUGCUGUCAACCUUCGAAGACGAGCAGCAUCACCUCCUCGGCCUGGGCGGAGAAUAUCCCGACCAAUGGGAGGACACGCCAGCUGUCGUGAUGGCAGCAUGGCGUCGCUCAGAGCAACAGAAAUUGUCGGCGGAGCCCGACAGAGUGGAGACACUUCUACCUUACAGGAGUAAAAACAACGACACGCAGACAUCAAAAAACCUGCUGCUGGAUAUGCACAGGUCUCUGGAGCAGAGGGCGAACGAGAGCAGAAGUAAAGUGAUAGAGCUGGAGAGAACGGUCAACGAGACCUCCUGAGGUCCGCACCACCACCCUCCCCUCCCCCUCACCUCCCCUAAACCCCAAUGGUGACCUUUGACCUCCCCUCUCCUCUCUGGAGCAUGGUUCAGUGUCCUGGAGUAAACCUCAUACAGUAGCGCCCACUGCUGAUGGCUUACGGUCGUUUUCUCCGACCUCCUCUGCUCGAUCAGAAACACUGUAACAGUAAUAAUUCAAGUAUUGAUGAUAAUAUGGAAGAGGCACUGGCUGCCUUCGUUUCUGAAGUAAAGUUGCACUGAGUAGUUUUUACACGAGUCAAAUUCACGGCUGUAUCUGUCGUCCUAAAUGAACACGUGAACACAGAUAUAACUCCAGGUUCAAAAUGUAGCGUGACAUUUAUUCCAAUGGAAAUUAAAUUAAAAUUGACAUGUGAGGCUUUUUACAGGACACUGACGGAGAACCUUUGUAUUUAUAGAACCUUUUUUUUUGUUUUUCAUAAAGAUAUUGCUCUUUGUAGUUUGUAUUUCUUUUAAUGUUCAAUGUUUUUAUUUCAUUCCUGAGAUACCUACAUGCCAUUUUGAUAUUAUUUUAUGUUCAUAUUGUAUUUUUAUUUUGUCGUACUCUUUUAUAUGUUGUACAUUAUUUUCAUGUGAGGGCUCAGCUCGGGGUUCCUGUGCGAAUUUCUGACAAGAUUACAGCUUCGACACGUUGAAAUCAUAUUUGCGUUGCUCCGAUCUGUGACGUUCUCACGGUGAGCGCUGACUGAAACGGAAACUUUAACGUCCUCAAACAGAAACAUUCGACUUCUUUUAUCACAAAUCUUUAUAUUUGAUAUUUAAGCCCCUGCGAGCUACGCCUCUAAUAUAUUCCUUUAUUUUUCUGCUUGAUGGUCAUCGUGUGCGAGGGAAGCGUCAAUUCAUGAAAUUACAAUAAAGUUUUGGUUUAGCCUUGAAUGCUAACGAAAAGGGCUACAUUUUUAGGUUAUUUCAAAUUAGCUAUCAUUUGUCCCGUCACGUUUUCUUACUUUAAAGAAGUUUGACUUUUUGGAGAAACUUGUUUGUUGAAAGUGAAACGAGAGUGAUACCUCUUACAGCUGCUGCUAGCAUCUUUGUCAAACAAGCUAGCUUGGCGCUGUCUUAAAGUGACAUCACCUACAUUCACCUGAAACUCUUAAAUUAAGGAAUAAGUUUCAGCAAAUGAAAAGUAGACUUAUUUAACUACUUAGACAGAGCCGAGCUAGCUUGUUUACCCUGGUUCCACUCUCAAGCUUAGCUAGGUUAGCUAUUCUAACUUCUUGCUAGUAGCGGCUUAAUAUUUAGCCUACAGGCAUAAAAGUGGUAUCAAUCUUCUCGUCCAACUCUGGGCAAGCAAUUCUACCAUCCUAAAAAAGUCGAACUUUGUCUUUUUAAAUCCUGAAAGUUAACUUCCUGCACUGACUUUUAUGCUUUUUGCCUUAAACACACUCGUGCCGUCUUCUAAAAGCGUCUCUCUCUGCUUUCUUUCUCAGCCUUUGCCAAAAACAUUUCUUUUCCUAGAAAUGAUAAAGUAUCUAUUUUUGUAAAUAUAAGUUGUUAAUAAGUAAGGAAGUCUAAAUGUGUCUGGGAAACCAAUCAUUAAUUCAGUACUAGUCUGUUUUUGGGAGCAGUGCUGUUGGAUCACAGGUUUUUCCUCUCUCUUUUUUUAAUUUGUAUAUUUCCAAUCAUGGCUUUAAAAGUCCAUAUCGAGCGUAUCACAGGUGAGGUUUAAAAUGUCUGUUAUCUGAAACAUGUUUUUGUCAUGUGUGUAACAGACGUGAGGCCAGUUCACUUUUUGUAUAUAGAAAAAGAAACAUCUGAUUAAUAACUCACUUUCAUGCCGAAGAUAUUUAUUCAGAUAGUUUUGAGUCGUCGUCAUUAAAAAACCACGAAGCCAAGAUUUGUGAGAAAUCGUACAAGAAACAAAAUCAUGUUUGGAGACUGAUACAACACGUGUGUAUGGAGGUCUCAUAUUUUAAGCUUUGUAGAUCAGUGGCGAGAUCGUCAAAGAGUCUUUUAUGUUGAUACGUUAAAGGUAGCUGAACCUACAUUCCUUUCUGUUGAGUCUUUAUUUAGGGAACCCAAGGAAUACUUAUUUUUAUGUUUUCCUCUUCUAGUCGUGACCAAAACGAGUUGCCAGUGGAGAGGGAGAGUAUAUUUUCCAAACCAGAUUUCAUUUCUGUUGCUUCUUUGUAAAGCCGCCCUGACUUAGGCUUUUUGUCUUUUGCUUUCAAAUAAAUAAAGUAUUUUCCUUAGUAAAAGCAUC